AAUAAAAGUAGUAUUAAUGCAAUGGAAAUAGAGUAGUAGUAACAAUGUAUUAGGUGUUUUUAAUUGAUGUGUAAUAUGUUUACUUAAUUUAUUAGAGUUAUUCAUUUGAUAAAUUGUGUGUAGGCAAGGUUAGGUUCAUUUGUAAGGUUUUAUUGGAAAAGUGAAGAUACAUUCAAUCAAAAUUUUGGUUAAAUGAUUCUUUAUUUACACUAACACCAACUAACACACACCAAGUCACAGCUGCUCUGUACAAUCCAUGUGAUCCAUCUUGAUGCUUUGCGUUUAUCAAUAGCAAGCAGUGUUUAUUUAUUUGAAGAAUAAACGAUAAAUCAAGAAAAAUGGGUCGCCUAGCAGAGGUAGCUGGGGAGCAGUCAUCUGACCAAAACAAAACCUUUGUGUUCAUGGGUGAAGGUUAUACCUUGGGAAAUUCCUUGGUAUCUGUUAUCUCGCAAAACCCCGAUGUGGAGUUCUGUGCCUGCUUCAUCAAUCACCCAUCAGAGGGAAACAUUUACUUAAGAAUACAAGCAAAGAAAGGAAAAGCAGUAGAUAUAUUGCGAAAGGGAUUGCAAGACUUUGAAAUGAUUUGCGAUCACAGUCUGGAGACUUUCAAUAACGCUUACAAUAGGUUCAAGAACUCCAAUGAUGCUUCUGUAGACAGUACAUGAUUGUAUUAUCCGAUCUUUUAUUAUAUAAUAAUAAUAAUACUAAAGAUAAAAUGUAUUCUUUCGUUAUUCUGUAUCAAAUAACAAAUAUCGAUAUCUAAAAAUUCAAUGACGUGUU